AUGCCACUGAUAAGCACUUUUAGGUCGCUCAUUGUCUUCGUGGAAAAUCAGCAGCCAUCUGCAUCUGUAGCUAGAGCAGCUAGCUCCGACUCGCCGUCGGAAUCACAAGUAGCUCGUGGAACCCCUGAGAUCGGAUCGUUCUACGUGUGGUGCAAGACAUGUAACGAUAUCCGAAGGGGUAAACUGCGAGUCUACUGUAGUGAGUGCGCAUCAUCGGCAGUAUUGGUUAGAACAGAACCAUCUUGUUGGCGAGAUGUCACUCGUAGCAAACAGAUACAAGUGGACUGUGAAGAGUGCAAGUCAGUGGAAUAUGCCGUGUUUAGAUUCAAGUGCGUCAAGUGCAACGAGAUUGGAGCUGUAUUAUCGCAUAUCUCUGGAAACUGGGAACAUGUGGAAUGCAGUGUGUGCUUGGAUGAGCAUAACACGUAUUUGUUCGACUUGGGCUGUCAUCAUAUGGUCUGCCGCCAAUGCUUUGUGGAGUGCUUGAAUGUGGCUUUGGAAGAGACAAAGUUUGUCUUUCGGCCACCUUAUGGAUACACUAUCACAUGUCCAUAUCCAGGAUGUGAACGCUGCAUAACGGAUGUCCAUCAUUUUCACGUCUUGGGUGAUGAAAAAUAUGAGAGGUAUCAGAAAAUUGCAGCAGAGAAACUGGUUGCGAUGGACGAUCAAGGUGUGUUCUGCCCAUAUCCAGACUGCAGUGCUUCAUUCUUUUGGGAAGUGGAAAAUGACGAUGGCAAAACUUCGUGUCCGGAAUGUUUGCGACUAUUUUGCAGGUAUAAACCACGGCAUUUUAUUUUGAAAAGAAAAAUGAAAAAUUUGUAA